UCCAUGGAUGCUAGUUGCUUCAAGCCGCUGAGGCUUUGUGGAGUUCUUUAUUUCGGAUUCGCCGCUCCUUUGCGGUCACCAUAAAAGUCAGUCGUGUCCGUCAAAGGACUUCGCACCUAAAGAUUGUUCCAAUGCUAAUGGGGAACUGCCUGCUGCUGUUCCUCUGGUGCCUCUUGGAAAAAAGCUUCGUUUCUUCCUUGCACUCUUCGUCCCAGAGCAGGAUGGGGAAGGAGCAGCACAGGAACCUGAUGGCACAUAGAAAGCAUGGCGUGAUGGGAGUUCACAGAGUCAAGAGAGGAUGGGUGUGGAACCAAUUCUUUGUUCUGGAGGAAUACAUGGGAUCUGAUCCGCAGUAUGUAGGAAAGCUUCACUCUGACCUGGAUAAAGGUGAUAGUAAGGUGAAGUACACACUCUCAGGUGAAGGAGUGGGCUCUAUUUUCACCAUCGAGCCAAGUACCGGAGACAUCCAUGCCUUAAGGAGCCUGGACCGAGAAGAGAAGCCUUAUUACACACUGAGAGCGCAGGCCGUGGACAUGCUGACGGGCAGACCCUUAGAGCCUGAGUCGGAGUUUAUUAUCAAAGUCCAGGACAUCAAUGACAAUGAGCCAAGGUUCCUGGAGGGCCCAUAUUCGGCCAGCGUCCCAGAGAUGUCACCCGUCGGCACAUAUGUGAGACAAAUAACCGCCACUGACGCUGAUGACCCUACUUAUGGAAACAGCGCACGGAUUGUGUACAGCAUCCUUCAUGGGCAGCCCUACUUCUCUGUUGACCCCAAGACAGGGGUCAUAAGAGUUGCCUUACCCAACAUGGACAGGGAAGUUAAAGAAACAUACCAGGUGGUCAUCCAGGCCAAAGACAUGGGCGGUCAACUUGGGGGUUUAGCAGGAACCACCACCGUCAAUAUCAGUCUCCGAGACGUCAAUGACAACCCGCCACGCUUUUCUAAAAGUAUUUUUCACUUGCGUGUUCCUGAAUCAUCACCGGUGGGCUCGUCGGUUGGAAGGGUCAAAGCUCAUGAUCUGGACACUGGAAAAAAUGCUGAAGUGGAAUAUAGCAUUUUGCCUGGUGAUGGAGGAUCCAUGUUUGAUAUUUACAGCAAUAAGGACACUCAAGAGGGAACCGUCAUACUGAAAAAGAGGACCAUUGAAAUAUCCCUCAUGUCCACCUUUCAGUCUUAG